GGAGGGGAGCGGGGGAGGGGGGGGCCGAACCCCGCCGCCCCCUCCCCGAGCGCGGAGCGGCCCCGGCGGCGCAAAAUGGCCACGGCUCUGCACAAACCCCUCAAAUGCCUGGGGGAGGAGUUCUACCGCGAGGCGCUGGAGCACUGCCGCAGCUACAACGCGCGGCUCUGCGCCGAGCGCAGCCUGCGCCUGCCCUUCCUGGACGCGCAGACCGGCGUGGCCCAGAGCAACUCCUACAUCUGGAUGGAGAGGGCACACCGCCGGCCCGGCCUGUCCCCAGGUCAGAUCUACUCGUACCCCGCCCGCUGCUGGCGCAAGAAGCGGCGCCUGAACAUCCUGGAGGCCCCGCGGCUGCGGCCCUACAUGGAGGCCCCGGUGCGCAAGGAGGGCGCCCUGCCCGAGGGGCCGGUGCUGGAGGCGCUGCUCAGCGCGGAGCCCCCCGAGCGCAAGGGCGGCGACCCCAAGGACGAGGAGGCGGCGCUGGACGGAGCGAAGGGCCCCCCCCCCGAUUUCCCACACGACCCCGACGGGGACGAGCUGGACGAGGAGACCCCGAGGAGGAAAAACAAGGCCAAGGGCAAGGCGUACGGGCUGGUGAUGAAGAGGAGGGUGGACGCUGUCCUGGAGGAGAGGGACAAACCCUACGUGUGCGACAUCUGCGGGAAGCGCUACAAGAACCGCCCGGGGCUGAGCUAUCACUACACGCACACUCACCUGGCCGAGGAGGAGGGCGAGGAGCCGGGGGGGGGCGCGGGGCCCCCCCGCAGGAACCACCACCGCCAGUUUUACAAAGAGCUGAGCUGGGUCCCCGAAAACCAGCGCAGGAGCACAGGCCGCCCCGCCCCCCCCGGGCCCCCCCCCGAGGGUCCCUGCGACUUCUGCGCGGGGGGGACGCGGGGGAGGGGCAGCGAGGAGGCGCUGAUCACCUGUGCCGACUGCGGGAGAGCAGGGCACCCCUCGUGCCUGCAGUUCUCCCUGGCCAUGGCGGCGGCGGCGCGCUCGUACCGCUGGCAGUGCAUCGAGUGCAAGUCCUGCAGCCUCUGUGGGACGGCUGAGAACGAUGAGCAGCUGCUGUUCUGCGAUGACUGUGACCGGGGGUACCACAUGUACUGCCUGAGCCCGCCCAUGGCCGAGCCCCCCGAGGGGAGCUGGAGCUGCCACCUGUGCCUGCGGCAGCUGAAGGAAAAGGCCUCGGCCUUCAUCACCCUCACCUAGGGGGGGCCCCACCCCAAAACCCCCCCAAAAAAACCC